ACGCCACACUCAAACCUGUUGCAAGCCGUGGACCAGCAGAACCCUGUUGCCAGCAAGAGCAACAAUCAUCAGAGCCAACAGCCGCAGCAUCAUUCUCCAAGUGGCCAAAAUAACGGGAAAAGUGCCCGAGCCAAUCGCCGUCGCCGUCGCCGCAACAAGCAGCAGCAGAAUUCGCAUCAACCUGACGCCUUCAAGGAGCCGGACGACACGCAGAUAACCCCGAGCACCUCCUCCUCGCACACUUCUCACUCGCACUCGCACAACCAUAGCCAGAACCAGAACCAGAACCAGAACCAUAACCAUAACCAGAACAACAACAAUAGCCCCAAGAUGCCAGCCCGUUUUGCCGAAGAAGUAAUCACCGCCGAGCCCGCCACUCGUGCCGCACCCCAAUUGGACCUGGGUGGCGGAAACUAUGUGCCGCGACAGCCCCUGCUGAACGAUGAGGUGGCCAUCACCGGCUUCUCCGGUCGCCUGCCCGAGAGCUCCAACAUUGACGAGUUCAAGCAGAAUCUCUUCAAUGGCGUCGACAUGGUCACCGAUGAUCCCAGGCGCUGGGAGCGCGGUCUCUAUGGCCUGCCCGACAGGAUGGGCAAGAUCAAGGAGAGUGAUCUGGAGAACUUUGACCAGCAGUUCUUUGGCGUGCACCAGAAGCAGGCCGAAUGCAUGGACCCCCUGCUGCGCAUGCUGCUGGAGCUGACCCACGAGGCGAUCAUCGAUGCGGGCCUCAAUCCCACCGAUCUGCGUGGCUCCCGUACGGGCGUCUACAUUGGCGUCUCCACCUCGGAGACGGAGCAGCACUGGUGCUGCGAUGCCGAUCGCGUGAAUGGCUAUGGCCUGACGGGCUGUGCCCGCGCCAUGUUCGCCAAUCGCAUCUCCUUCACGUUCGACUUCAAGGGGCCCAGCUACAGCAUUGACACUGCUUGCUCCAGCUCGCUGUACGCCCUGGAGCAGGCCUUCUCCGAUAUGCGCGAGGGCAAGAUCGACAAUGCCAUUGUGGCCGGUGCUGGACUGAUCCUCAAGCCGACCAUGUCGCUGCAGUUCAAGCGGCUGAACAUGUUGAGCCAGGACGGCGCCUGCAAGGCCUUCGAUGAGUCCGGCAGCGGCUAUGUCCGCUCCGAUGGCUGUGUGGUGCUGCUCCUGCAGCGCACCUCCGAGGCCAAGCGCGUCUACGCCUCCAUCCUGAAUGUGCGCACCAACACGGACGGGUUCAAGGAGCAGGGCAUCACCUAUCCCAUUGGCAGCAUGCAGAAUCGCCUGAUUCGCGAGACAUACGAGGAGAUCGGGCUCAGUCCCAACGAUGUCGUCUAUGUGGAGGCCCACGGCACUGGCACCAAGGUCGGUGAUCCCCAGGAGGUCAACUCCAUCACGGACUUCUUCUGCAAGAACCGCACCAAUCCGCUGCUCAUCGGCUCCGUCAAGUCCAACAUGGGACACUCGGAGCCCGCCUCGGGUGUGUGCUCCGUGGCCAAGAUCCUGAUCGCCAUGGAGGAGGGCGUCAUUCCCGGCAAUCUGCACUACAACAAGCCCAACCCAGAUCUGUAUGGCCUCGUCGACGGACGUCUCAAGGUGGUGGACAAGAAUCUGCCCUGGAACGGUGGCAUCAUUGGCCUGAACUCGUUUGGCUUUGGCGGUGCCAAUGCCCACGUCAUCCUCAAGUCGAAUCCCAAGCCCAAGGCUCUGACACCACGUGACAGUGGUCCCAAGGUGGUGCUGGCCUCCGGCCGUACCUUUGAGGCUGUGGAACAGCUGCUGGAGUCGGCCGCCGGCCACGCCGAUGACGAUGAGUACCUGCAGCUGCUGAACGACAUCCACUCGAAGCCCAUUCCGCUGCACUACUUCCGCGGCUAUGGCGUGGUCAGCAGCGGCAAGGGCACCCUGCAGCGCGAGGUGCUGGAGUACACGGACGAGAAGCGGCCCGUGUGGUAUGUCUACUCGGGCAUGGGCAGCCAGUGGGCCAGCAUGGCCAAGGAUCUGAUGCGCAUCGAUGCCUUUGCGGAGACCAUUCAGCGCUGCGCGGAUGUCCUCAAGCCAGAGGGCGUCGAUCUCGUCGAUGUGCUCACCCGCUCCACGGACAAGAGCUUCGAGAAUAUCCUCAACUCGUUCAUCUCCAUUGCCGCCAUGCAGGUGGCCCUCACCGAUGUGCUCAGCUCCCUGGGCAUCCAUCCCGACGGCAUUGUCGGCCACUCUGUCGGCGAGCUGGGCUGUGCCUAUGCCGAUGGCUGCUUCACGCCCGAACAGACCGUGCUGGCCGCCUACUGGCGUGGCAAGAGCAUCCUGGACACGCAGCUCUCCAAGGGCAAAAUGGCCGCCGUUGGACUCAGCUGGGAGGAGGCGCACAAGCGCGUACCAGCCGACUGUUUCCCCGUGUGCCACAACAGCGAGGAUAACUGCACCAUCUCCGGGCCGGAGGCGUCCAUUGAGGCGCUGGUGGCCAAGCUGAAUGGCGAGGGCGUCUUUGCCAAGGCCGUCAACUCCAGUGGCUAUGCCUUCCACAGCAAGUACAUUGCCGAUGCGGGCCCAAAGCUGCGCAAGAGCCUGGAGAAGAUCAUACCGAGUGCCAAGAACCGCACACCGCGCUGGAUAAGCACCAGCAUCCCGGAAUCGGCGUGGGGCACACCCGUGGCCAAGCAGUCGUCGGCGGCCUAUCAUGUGAACAAUCUGCUGUCGCCGGUGCUCUUCCACGAGGCCCUCCAGCAUGUGCCCAAGAAUGCCAUCUCCAUUGAGAUCGCGCCCCACGGCCUGCUGCAGGCCAUCCUCAAGCGUGCCCUCGGCCCGGAGGCCACCAACCUGAGUCUGGUGAAGCGCGGCCACGAGAACAACGUGGAGUUCUUCCUGACGAAUGUGGGCAAGCUCUUCGCUGCCGGCGCCCAGCCGCAGGUCCUCAAUCUGGUGCGUCCCAUCAGCUAUCCCGUGGGCCGUGGCACGCCCAUGUUGAACUCGAAGAUUGGCUGGGACCACACCCAGAAGUGGCUGGUGGCCAAGUUCGGCAAGGAGACGUCCUCCGGCGAGACCAUCGUGGAGGUGGAUCUGUCCAAGGAGGAGGAUGCCUUCCUGGUGGGCCACACCAUCGACGGCAGGAUCCUGUUCCCCGCCACGGGCUACAUGACGCUCGCCUGGCAGACCUUCGCCAAGAUGCGCGGCGGCGAGUUCCACAAGACGCCCGUCGUGAUGGAGAAUCUGGUGUUCCAUCGGGCCACCAUUCUCAACAAGAACGCGGUCGUGAAGUUCGGCAUCAACUUCUUCGAUGGCACGGGCGCCUUUGAGAUCUGCGAGAGCGGCAGCCUGGCCGUGUCCGGCCGGAUCUCCAUUCCGGAGUCCAUUGAGAACGAGGAGCUGCCGCUGGAGCCGCAGGCAGCCAGCAAGGCGGCCAAGGAGCUGGCCACCAACGAUGUGUACAAGGAGCUGCGUCUGCGCGGCUACGACUACGGCGGCAUCUUCCGUGGCAUUGUCAAGUCGGAUACGGUGGCCUCGGCCGGCCAGCUGCAGUGGGUGGACAACUGGAUCAGCUUCAUGGACACCAUGCUGCAGUUCAGCAUCCUCAGCAAGAAUCUGCGCGAGCUCUAUCUGCCCACGCGCAUCGAGCGCGCUGUGCUGAAUCCCCUCAAGCACUUGGAGCUGCUGGCCACUCUGUCCGAGAAGGAGCAGACGGAAACGGGUGUGCCCGUCUCCUGGUACAGCGACAUCAACGUGAUCAAGAGCGGCGGCGUGGAGUUGCGUGGCCUCAAGGCCACACUGGCCCAGCGUCGUCCGGGCACCCAGGCGCCACCCACCCUCGAGCGCUAUCACUUUGUGCCGCAGCUCAACGCCAGCGAGCUGCACGAGAACUCGGAGAAGGCGCGUCUGCACGCCCUGGAUGUGGCCAUCCAGCUGAUCAUCGAGAACUCCAGCGGCGCCGUGAAGCUCAAGGGCGUGGAGCUGGCCAAUGGCCGCAAUCCGGAUGUGCUGGUGGCCAAUCGGCUGCUGCAAAUCAUCGAGGGCGAGCCCGUGCUGACCGGCGACGUGGCCGUGGCCACAUCCAACAACAACGAGGAGACCAUUGCGGCCGCCUUGGGCGAUUCGGGUGUGCGUGUCGUGUCCAAGGAUGUGCUGCUGGAGCCCGUUGAGCAGAACUGUCACUUUGUCUUUGGCAUCGAUGUGCUGUCCCGCCCGGACACCAAGACGCUGGAGAAUUCGAUUGCCAGCAUUCGCGAGACCGGCUUCCUCAUCCUCGAGGAGACCGUGGCCACCUACACGAAGGCGGGCCGUGCGCUGCUCGAGAAGUUUGGCCUGGUGGUCGUGCAGGAGCAGAGCUUGGGCGCCACACGUGUCCUGGUGCUGGCCCGUCGUGCCAUCGAUCUGAAGAGCCGCAAAUCGGUGAUCGUGCAGGUCACCGAGCAGAACUUCACCUGGGUGGAUGACCUCAAGGCAGCGCUGCUGACCGCCUCCACCGAGGAGCAGUACGUCUAUGUGGUGUGCCAGGGCGAGGAGCUCUUCGGCGGCGUUGGCCUGCAGACCUGCAUCAAGAACGAGAACGGCGGCAAGCUGGCACGUCUCGUCUUCGUGCAGGACGCCAAGGCGGAGAAGUUCUCCCUCACUGCGCCGCUCUACCGCAAGCAGCUGGAGAAGGAUCUCAUCUCGAACGUCCUAAAGGGCGGCGCCUGGGGCACCUUCCGUCACCUGAAGCUGGAGACCCAGCAGGCCACGCUCCAGGUGGAGCAUGCCUACGUGAACGCCCUGGUCAAGGGCGAUCUCGCCUCGCUCAAGUGGAUCGAGGCGGCCAAGGGCAACACCGCUGUGGCCGCCGACAAGAACCUGGAGACCUGCACCGUCUACCAUGCGCCCAUCAAUUUCCGUGACGUGAUGCUGACAUCCGGCAAACUGGCUGCCGAUGCCCUGCCCGGCGAUCUGGCCGAACAGGACUGCGUCCUGGGACUGGAGUUCGCUGGACGCGACUCCCAGGGACGCCGUGUCAUGGCCAUGGUGCCAGCCAAGUCGCUGGCCACCACCUGUGUGGCCAGCAAGCGCAUGAUGUGGCAGAUACCCGAAAAGUGGACCAUGGAGGAGGCCUCCACGGUGCCCUGUGUCUACUCCACCGUCUACUACGCCCUGGUGGUGCGCGGACAGAUGAAGAAGGGCGAGCGCAUCCUCAUCCAUGCCGGAUCCGGAGGCGUGGGCCAGGCAGCCAUCUCGGUGGCUCUGGCCCAUGGCUUGACCGUCUUCACCACGGUGGGCAGCAAGGAGAAGCGCGAGUUCCUGCUGAAGCGAUUCCCCAAGCUGCAGGAGCGGCACAUCGGCAACUCCCGCGACACCUCGUUCGAGCAGCUGGUGAUGCGCGAGACCAAGGGACGCGGCGUGGAUCUGGUGCUCAACUCCCUGUCGGAGGAGAAGCUGCAGGCCUCCAUCCGCUGCCUGGGGCUCAAUGGCCGCUUCCUGGAGAUCGGCAAGUUCGAUCUGAGCAACAACAGCCCCCUGGGCAUGUCCGUGUUCCUCAAGAACACCUCGUUCCACGGCAUCCUGCUGGACAGCGUGAUGGAGGGCGAGGAGGAGAUGCAGAACCAAGUCGUCAACCUGGUGGCUGAGGGCAUCAAGAGCGGUGCUGUCCUGCCGCUGCCCACGACCGUCUUCAAUGAUCAGCAGGUGGAGCAGGCCUUCCGUUUCAUGGCCUCGGGCAAGCACAUCGGCAAGGUGGUCAUCAAGGUGCGCGACGAGGAGGCGGGCAAGAAGGCGCAGCAGCCCAAGGCGCGCCUGAUCAACGCCAUUCCACGCACCUACAUGCACCCGGAGAAGAGCUACAUCCUGGUCGGCGGUCUGGGCGGCUUCGGACUGGAGCUGACCAACUGGCUGGUGUCCCGCGGCGCUCGCUUCAUUGUGCUCACGUCCAGGUCGGGCGUGAAGACCGGCUACCAGGGUCUGAUGAUCCGUCGCUGGGAGGAGCGUGGCGUCAAGGUGGUGAUCGAUACGAACGAUGUGACCACCGCCGCUGGUGCCAAGAAGCUGCUGGAGAACAGCAACAAGCUGGCCCUGGUCGGAGGCAUCUUCAAUCUGGCUGCCGUGCUGCGCGAUGCCCUGAUCGAGGAUCAGACGGCCAAGGACUUCAAGACAGUGGCCGAUCCCAAGGUGACGGCCACCAAGUGGCUGGACCAGUACUCGCGCAACAUCUGCACGGAGCUGGACUACUUCAUUUGCUUCUCCAGCGUGUCCUGCGGCCGCGGCAACAUUGGCCAGACCAACUACGGCCUGGCCAACUCGGCCAUGGAGCGGAUCUGCGAGCAGCGGCAGGUGAGCGGCUUCCCCGGCACAGCCAUCCAGUGGGGCGCCAUCGGCGACACUGGCCUGGUGCUGGAGAAUCUCGGCGACAAUGACACCGUCAUCGGUGGCACCCUGCCCCAGCGCAUGCCCUCCUGCCUGCAGACCAUCGAUCUGUUCCUGCAGCAGCCGCAUCCCGUGGUCGCUUCCAUGGUGGUGGCCGAGAAGCGCAAGUCCGACUCGUCGGCCGGCGUCAGUCUGAUUGCCACCAUCGCCAAUAUUCUGGGUCUGCGCGACACCAAGAACAUCCAGGAUGCCGCCUCCCUGGCCGACCUGGGCAUGGACUCGCUGAUGAGUGCCGAAAUCAAGCAGACGCUGGAGCGUAACUUUGACAUUGUGCUGUCCGCCCAGGAGAUUCGUCAGCUGACAUUUGGCGCCCUCAAGCAAAUGGACGGAGGAGCCGAUGCUAAGACUGUGGCAGCUCCGGCCGCUGCGGCUACGAAUGGAGCGCCUGGCGGCGCGGAUGUCACCAGCAUCACAUCGAAUCCAUCCUCGCGCACAACCAGCCCGCUGGGCGAUGGCACGCAGGUGGUGUUCACCACCGCCCUGAUACCCACAGAGGCGAUCGUGCGACUGGAGACAAAGGCGCCGGCCAACAGCAAGCAAACGCCCAUUUUCUUCAUUUCGCCCAUUGAAGGCUUUGCGUCCGCACUGGAGCCACUGGCCAAGCGGCUGGAGGUGCCUGCCUAUGGACUUCAGUUCACCGAUGCCGUCCCCGUCGAUUCCGUUGAUGCUGCGGCCAAGUUCUACAUUCAGCAGAUCCGCACAGUCCAGCCGAAGGGACCCUACAAGCUAGCCGGAUACUCCUUUGGCUGCCUGCUUACGUACGUGAUGACAGCCAUACUGGAGGACACCAACGAGGUGGCCAACGUGAUCAUGUUGGACGGUGCGCCCACCUAUGUCAACUGGUACACGAGCAGCUUCAAGCAGCGCUACACCGCCGAUGAUUCGAACAGCAACCAGAGCUACGGCCUGGCCUACUUUGGCAUUGUCCUGGCCAACAUUGACUACAAGGCGCUGGUGCGACUGCUGCUGGUCAUUCCCACAUGGGAGGAGAAAUUGGAGCGAUUUGCCGAACUGAUGAGCGUUGAGAUCACACAGCCCGUGGAGACGAUCAAAAAGUCUGCUACGCUGUUCUACAAGAAACUGGAGCUGGCCGACAGCUACAAGCCCACGCUGAAGCUCAAGUCCAAUGUCACGCUGGUCAAGCCCACAGAAAACUCUGCUAAGCUGGAUGAAGACUAUCGCCUAAAGGAGGUCUGCACAAAACCCGUGGAAGUACACACUGUGGAGGGCAAUCAUCGCACGUUCCUCAUAGAGGAUCAAUCGCUGACGACCAUCCAGAGCAUACUGAAGCGUCUGUUUAAGUAGAGGAUGUUAGCAUAAGAGUGCUGUGGAUGUGGCAGGCCCAACCAACCAUACAUCACACAUCCAAUACUCGUGUCCCGCCACACUCGCUGCUGCAGCAAAGUGGAGCCGUGUGGAGCCACACACACACACACACACACACAAAUCUCUCACCCAAAAUGGAAUACAAGACAUCGCAUCGCAGGCCACACUAGUUAGCACAUAUUUAGUGAAUGAAUUUACGCUCUCUGAACAUCAGUAACCCUGACCCCACGAACAAUUAACCAUUUACGCACAGCACAACAUAAGAUAAAACUAAUCUCGUAUCGAAUUGGAUGUGGCCCCCUUUAAAGCUUAACUGCCGUCUUGCAGCGUCUGUGGAUGAUUAGGUCCAAAAUUUCAGUCUACAGGCGCUGCGAUUCUUGGGCAGUUGAGUUUGGGGAUUGAGAUCCAACUUUAAAUCACACACUUAAAGCUUUGUGCACAGAGUAUACCGUACAGGUACAGUAGUACAUCCGACAUUCCUUGAGAGCUGGCCACUAGAUGUCCCCCCCCAAACCCCAACCCGAACCCAAGCCCACACUUACCAAAUAUAUCUUAUAUGCUUUAUCUCUAACGUAUAUUCUAGUUUAAAUUCGUAGCUCGUAAGCCUACAGUUUGUAGUCGCGCAUGUAAUGAAAUUCAUUCCUCGAUCUAACACACAAGAUUUGUUAUCUUCUCUCUUGAUGUAUAAAAUAAUCGACCGAAAAAUUGAUCACUCAUGAAUAUUGUGGAUAUUAAAAUUACACCAUACUAAAGUUUAAUGGAAA